AUUUUAUUGACUUUCCCAUUACGCACCAUUAAACUUAAUGCGCCUACAAAUUACGAGCAACACAUCUAUCCAUCCCAUUAUCCACCUUCAUCCCAAUUACAAUUCCAUACGAAAGACAAUACCAGCAGCUCGCGACUAGAGUUAUGAAAAACGAAGGAAUUCCGAUCGAAUCUAAGAUAGUGCGACGAUAAUCGCAUACACAAUACAAUGAUGGGUAUUCCAACCGCGCGAAAAUCUAAUGGCGUUUUGCCAGUUUCUUCCACUCCGACAGCAAAUGAGACUCCGAAAUCCACCAAGGCCAAGGACCCCCCUCGAGGCAAGAAAGUCUUAGUUCGCCGGCUCCCGCCAGGUAUAACAGAGGGGGAAUUCCGAGCUAUCUUAGGAGAGGAGUGGAAGAGUGGAAACGGGAAAGUAGAGUGGACUAAAUUUCAAGAGGGCCAAAUAUCUCAGGAUCCAUCGAAUCCAUCCACGCCAGCGCGAUGCUAUCUACAGGUUCGGUUCGAAGAUAUACCUGCAUUAGCUGAGACCGUUCAAAGGUCAACUUGGGAAGAUGAGAAACGAACUUUCAACGAUUCAGCCCUUGUGGGGCCCCCAUAUCUAGAGUUUUCUAUCUACCAGAAGGUGCCUACUACGAAGAGACGUACAGAUUCUAAACAAGGCACAAUCGACCAAGAUCCUGAUUUUAUGGCUUUCCUCGACAGCCUCACUCAGGAUUCCAAUGUGAGGGAAGUUGAUGCCGAUCAAGCCGAUGAUAUAGGCAAGGCAGACACCAAAGUAACCACCACGCCUCUAGUUGAAUACCUGAAAGAGAAGAAAGCCAACAAAGGAAAGGACACCGGCAAUGCCAAGAGCGGUAAACACACUCGGCAUGAGUCUCAGGGUGGAAAACCGAAAGGGGGUCAGGAAGAUUCUAAGAAAAAAGGAAAGGACUCCAAGGCUGAGAAAGCUGAAAAGGCUGCUGAUAAGGAGGAGAAGAAAGCUAAGGAGCCCGUAAAGCUCCUCACCAAGAAGUCAACCACCCUAGACUCAGCCGAGGCAGCUAAAUCAACCUCCGCUCAGGCUAGUGCGAGCAAGGCAGCUGAAGAAAUAGUACCUAAGAGUCGGCGGGCUAAUAUUGCCGCUGCUGCUAAAAUUCUGCAGCGUGAUCUUGGUCUCAGCCCAGGAAGCGCCCACAGAAGAGCUCGUCAGGAUGCUGCCAAGGCGGAAGCAGCUGCCAAGGUAGAUGUUAGUAAGGAGAAGGACACUAAGGAUUCUGUAUCUGCCGCUCCAGCUGCGCCAAGUCAGCCCUCCUCAUCGGCACCCCCAUCCGCCCCGACAGCUCCAAAGGCUCAAACAGCUGAAGGCUCACGCCGGUCUCGAGGCUCAAAGUCUACUAAGCAAAACGCGCCUGGUGACAUACCUAAGGGGAAGGGGACUGAUAACGCAAGCAGCACAGCAAAACCUACCCCUAUUACUACGCCAGUCAUCCUUAAGAGGAAAGAUGAUGCCCCUUUAAGUGGCUUAGUCCCCACAGCGCCAGCUACCCAGGCCUCCUCAACUUCAACUCCCCCAACUGGCCCUAAGGCUGCUAGUAAGGCCGCAUCGUCUAAUAAAUCGGGUCCCUCGCAGAAGAAGGCCUCUGGUCAGCCAUUAGUGACUGUUGGAGCAACACGUGCUUUUGUGAAACACGCAAACCCUUCGCAAGGUGUCACUGAGUCGUUGCUUAAACAGGCCAUGGAAACAUUUGGGCCAGUUACAUUUGUCGAAAUCGACAAGCGGAAAGGCUUUGCAUAUGUUGACUUUAGGGAUCAUGAUGCAUUGGUCAAGGCUAUCUCUGCAAGCCCUAUUCCUGUUGCACAAGGCACUGUGCAAGUGCUGGAAAGAAAGGAGAUUAAGAAGUCAGCUCCAACGCCAACACAACCAGCGAGCGACAAGACGAGUGUUGAAAUUCCACCAGAUCGACCUAAGCGAGGUGGUCGCGGAAGAGGUCGUCGAGGAGGGGCAGCUAAUGCAGGUAGUACAAACCCAACAAAUGAAGCUGUUGGGUCUUCCGCAAUGCCUCCUCCUCCUCCUACUGAGACAAGCACUGCAGCCACCGCCGAUUAAAUAUAUAUCACGAAUCCAAUGCCAUGAUUGUACGUUGCUGCAGCUUCCAUCGACGUGAUGAUCCGUUCUCGGACAAUUGCGGAGGUUAACCCAUUCAGCGGUUUCAUAAUAUCGCCCUAGAAGUCUGUGUUUUUGCUGAAGCUUAGCCAUGGUCAAUGGAGGGUAUCCUCAAGGAUAUGACCCUAAGGGGGUAAUCAUUAGUAGUUGACACUUAUACAAUAUAGGGUGUAUUAGCGAAGAGUAAUUCCGAAAGGAGUUGGGGGCUGUACAGUAGCAAUUAGGAAACCCCUUUAAUAACUGUUAAAGCGCCAUAGAUUUGACUUGGCAAUUCCAGCAAUAUUUCAAUAGCUCAAUAUUCGGCACAUUUAUCUAAAGUUCUUCGC